AUGCCCGUCAUUCUACACGCUACACAGCGACCAUGGUGCUGCGGUCAAAUUGUUCUCGAAAUAGUCAAGUAUCGAAAGCGAUCGACAUCAACACCACCACAUUUGAAUCCCCUGGCAGACCUUGUGUUCGUCAUCAGGCGAGCUACCCGCUCUGCGCCCGCCUCCACAGCCUCCAUACCGCUCCUGUAUGACAUAGCCGCUCGGCUAGAGGACAGAGAAGCCGCUCCUGGAAGACGUUUCGCAAGGGAGAAUGCAAGCCACCUGUUUGUUUUGCGCAAACGCAUGUGGGUUUGCGUAAUUGUACGGGGCAGGGGCGCCGAUGACGCACAGCGAGAAGGCCGGACAAAGCGUAUGAUGCAGCUCGACUGGGUCCUUUCAAUAGCGGAAUCUCUCACUAUUCGCGCGGUCAAGCACGGCCAAGGAAAGCCGCAAGUUGCUUGA